UACAGUGAACCGUUCAGAAAGUGCUUGGAACAGAAGAGCAAUUCUUCGAGCUUAGAGCAAGAUCGUGAAGAACUAAGAAAUGGCCUUUAUUUCGGGCAAAGUCUCCGUGAUGUUUUUGUUGUCGCUGUCUGCGAUGCUUUUGCUGAUGUACUGUGCCACAGCAAACAACAAAACCAAUCAACCAUCGUACAAAAUGCAGCCUCCUGUUUUCUGUUAUGGUGGUAUCCCUGGUAUGCAUGGCAAGCCUGGGUCUCCUGGGGCACCAGGUCGUGAUGGACGUGAUGGCCGCGAAGGAGUCAAAGGUGACCGAGGCAGCCCUGGGAAGACUGGACCCCGGGGACUUCUAGGAACUCCUGGUAUCAAUGGAAAGAAUGGCGCCAAAGGAGAAACUGGAGUCCAGGGCCCUCCCGGCCAAAAAGGGCAGCGCGGAGAGAGUGGAACAAGUGGAACCCCUGGAACCCCUGGUGUGAUGGCUUAUAAGAACUGGAAAGAGUGCGCAUGGAAAAACUUGAAUGAGGGCAAAGAUAACGGUCUGAUCAAGGACUGUGUGUUCACCAAGAACUUCUCUGACACAUCCCUCCAUGUUUACUGGACUGGCGUUCUACGAGUCUACAACUGUGACAAUUGCUGCAAACGCUGGUAUUUCACUUUUAACGGUGCUGAAUGUUCAGGUCCCCUUCCAAUUGACGGUAUUGUGUACUUGUGGAAAGGCAGUGGUAAACUGAAUCCCCAUCGUGUCCGCCAUAUUGAGGGGCACUGUAACAACAUCCACAAAGGCAAGGUGCGCGUGGGAUUCUGGGUCACUAAUUGUGCCGGAUACAGUGGAAGUUAUGACGCCGACACUGGGUACAACUCAGUGUCCCGGAUCUUUGUUGAAGAAGUUCCUAAACCCCAGGCUUAGAUCUCGAGACAAACCAUCCAUUCCUGCAUAAACGUUUAUAAUUGAACAGUGAUAAAUUGUUUAAUUGUAUUACGCGGGGUUCCUCUGAUUACUGGGCGUGGUGUGUAUUUGUUUCUUCGUUUGCUGAUGUUAAAUAAAUGGCAGGAAGAUUGAUCGGGA